UUGGAAAUUGAGAGCAAAAGUGACCACGAUAAAAUCCCCAGGGAGGAGAAGCCACGUAAAAAUUUGGAGUGUGGAGAAAGCUGCAGUCAGAGAUCCCAUUCCACUUCCCAUCAACAAAGUCUCAUUGGAAAGAAACUCUAUCAGUGCAUGGAAUGUGGAAAAAGCUUCAGGAAGAGCUCCGAUCUCACUUCCCAUCAAAGAAUUCAUACAGGGGAGAAACCCUAUAAGUGCGUGGAAUGUGGAAAGAGCUUCAGGAAUAGCUCCCAUCUCACUAGGCAUCAGAGAAUUCAUACAGGGGAAAAACCCUAUCAGUGUGUGGAAUGUGGAAAGAGCUUCACUGAAAGCUCCUCUCUCACUUUCCAUCAAAUAAUUCAUACAGGGGAGAAACCCUAUCAGUGUGUGGAAUGUGGAAAGAACUUCAGGAAGAGUUCCCAUCUCACUAAGCAUCAGAGAAUUCAUACAGGGGAGAAACCCUAUCAGUGCGUGGAAUGUGGAAAGAGCUUCACUCACAGCCACAAUCUCACUUCCCAUCAAAGAAUUCAUACAGGGGAGAAACCCUAUCAGUGUGUGGAAUGUGGAAAGAGCUUCAGUCAGAGCUCCUCUCUCACUAAGCAUCAAAGAAUUCAUACAGGGGAGAAACCCUAUCAGUGUGUGGAAUGUGGAAAGAGCUUCAGUCAGAGCUCCGAUCUCACUAAUCAUCAAAGAAUUCAUACAGGGGAGAAACCCUAUCAGUGUGUGGAAUGUGGAAAGAGUUUCACUCACAGCCACAGUCUCACUUCCCAUCAAAGAAUUCAUACAGGGGAGAAACCCUAUCAGUGUGUGGAAUGUGGAAAGAGCUUCACUCACAGCCACAGUCUCACUUCCCAUCAAAGAAUUCAUACAGGGGAAAAACCGUAUCAGUGUGUGGAAUGUGGAAAGAGCUACAGGAAGAGCUGCUCUCUCACUUCCCAUCAAAGAAUUCAUACAGGGGAGAAACCCUAUCAGUGCAUGGAAUGUGGAAAGAGCUUCACUCACAGCCACAAUCUCACUUCCCAUCAAAGAAUUCAUACAGGGGAGAAACCCUAUCAGUGUGUGGAAUGUGGAAAGAGCUUCAGUCAGAGUGCCAAUCUUACUUUCCAUCAAAGAAUUCAUACAGGGGAGAAACCCUAUCAGUGUGUGGAAUGUGGAAAGAGCUUCAGUCAGAGCUCCUCUCUCACUUUCCAUCAAAUAAUUCAUACAGGGGAGAAACCCUAUCAGUGUGUGGAAUGUGGAAAGAACUUCAGGAAGAGUUCCAAUCUCACUUCCCAUCAGAGAAUUCAUACAGGGGAGAAACCCUAUCAGUGCAUGGAAUGUGGAAAGAGCUUCAGUCAGAGCUCCUCUCUCACUAAGCAUCAAAGAAUUCAUACAGGGGAGAAACCCUAUCAGUGUGUGGAAUGUGGAAAGAGCUUCACUGAUAGCUCCAAUCUCACUUACCAUAAAAGAAUUCAUACAGGGGAGAAACCCUAUUAGUGUGUGGAAUGUGGAAAG